AUACACACACCAUGCAGAUCUUCUAGUGGUAGUUCAACGUUUUAGUUUGCCGAUAACCGCGCAGUACGUACAACAAACGGAUUAGAAAUUAUUUGUUUGACCAUAGUACAUUCAAUACAUAGAAUAUGAAGAACACAUUGUUUAUGUACGUUUGGAUAACAAUCUUCAUACAAGAUUCAUAUCAAACGACGUGUAGCAUAGGAUGUGCAGAAGCAUGUUAUUCAAACGGUACGUGCUCCCCGUGCAUAGACGGUUACCGCUGGAAGUUCUGCAACGACACCUGUUCAGAAGGAUGUAACAACAGACAAUGCGACCGAGAUAAUGCCAAAUGUACAUUUGGAUGUAAAUUCGGGUAUUAUGGUGACAACUGCUGUCUACCGGACCGAUAUGGAUGGUCGUGCGAGAUACAAUGUCCUAAUAACUGCCUGGAAUGCACUUCUGAUGUAAAUGGUGUCAUCACAUGUCAAAGAUGCAAAGACGAAUUUUACGGGCGAAAAUGUGAGAAUGCAUGCUCACCGAAUUGCAAAAAAUGCACAUGGUUUGAUGAUUGUCAAAUUUGCAAAGAACGUUUUUAUGGAAAAAAAUGUGAAUACCAAUGCCCAGAACAUUGUACAACAUGCGAUUCGUCUCAUUCGUGUGGAUCUUGUGAAACCGGUUUUAGUGGACAAACAUGUCAAAUCCGUUGUCCAGACAACUGUAAAACUUGUAAAAACACAGAAACUUGCUCAACAUGUAGUGAGGGGUUUUCGAGACCAAAUAUGGCAUGCACGUGUGUAAAUAGCAUAUGCCAAUCUUCUGUAUGCAACACUUGCACAAAUGCGUCUUACUAUCCAGAGGACAAAUCGUGUUGCCCCUGUAGCAACACCUGUAAAUAUUCAUUAUGCUCAUCGCCUGCACAUUGUACACACGGCUGUAAAAUAGGGUACUAUGGUACGGGUUGCCAGUUCAGAUGUACCGACAACGAUCCGAAGUGUGGAGAAUGCAACGGAUUAAAUAGCACUGACUUUAAAUGCGUGCAUUGCAUCGAUGGAUAUUAUCCUAAUUUAGGCGGGCUUUGUAAGACAUGUUCUAACAAUUGUAUAAACACUAAAUGUAUUAAUUCAACUGGGGAAUGCGAAUAUGGGUGUCUUGACGGAUUUUGGAAUAAUCCACAGUUAGAUGGACCUUGUAGUCCGUGUUCCAAAUCGUGCAUUUUGGGUAAAUGUAAUGCUUCUACUGGGCAUUGCACACAGGGAUGUCAAAACGGGUUUUGGAAUUUAAUAUGCGAGUCAAAGUGCACACACAAUUGCUCAAUUUGUGAGCGGAUAAGCGGAAAGUGCUUGGUUUGCUCUUCUACAGGCCUCUUCGGAAACGAAUGCUCCCUGACGUGUAGUGAUAAGUGCGUUAAUGCAUCAUGCCAUAUGAAUGGAACAUGUACACAUGGAUGCAUCUCUGACUUUUUUGGACCGUUUUGUGAAAAGGCAUGUCCUACAAAUUGUGCUCGGAAAGAUUUUGACACCCGAUGCUCCAACGAAACAGGAAACUGUCUGUAUGGCUGCAGUGGUGAAUUUACAGGAGUCGAUUGCAUGGAAGCUCUGAAGCAAGAAAGUAGUGAAGGUACCGUUCCAACAGCUGCAAUUGGAGGAGGCGUGGCUGCUGCUGUAAUAGUCGUUGUUGUGACAGCCGUAGCUGUAUUUAUUUAUCUUCGAAGAAGGCGUCGACAACAAAAACAUGACGGCGUUCAAGAAACACCAACCUAUGUAGAAAGUCCAUCUGCACCGGUAUAUGCCUCUGUUGUUCGAAGUGGACAUACAGGUUCGGUUUAUGAAAACACAUCAUCCAUAAAAAUUCAUACCGCACCCAUUACGGUGCGCAAUCCUGCCUAUUGUAACAGCAAUAUGCAACCACAUAUGCCAAUAGAUUGGAGUUCCAAAGCCGAUGAAGAAACUUUGGAGAUUGAUGAAUGGGACAAUAUUGCCCGCCAAAAUGCGAUCAGAUUUGAAGAGAACGGAGGGGUGUACUACAACAAUGACGAUAAAAUGAAAAAUCUGAAAAUGCCAAUUACAGAGUUGAUCAAAUUGGUGUCGUCCAAGACUAUGGACUAUUACGAAGCCGAGUUCAAGAAACUUCCAUACGGUCUUCUGAAAGACUACAAGGUGUCGCAGAUGACGGUGAACAUCACCAAAAAUAGAUAUAAAGGAAUAUAUCCAUAUGACGACCACAGGGUGAAGGUUCUUGGUGAUCAUACGGACUACAUAAACGCAAGUUUCAUUGACGGUUACAAAAGGCGAAACGAAUACAUCGCAACAUUGGGGCCAAUGUCUAAACAACUUGGCGAUUUUGGAGCAUUCUGGAAAAUGGUAUGGCAGCAGGACGUGGAGAAAAUUGUCAUGCUUACAAAUCUGGUAGAGGAAGGGAAAGACAAAUGUGAGCAGUACUGGCCCGAUUUUGGUAACAGUCAAAUGUACGGUGGUAUCCGGGUCUCAUGUCAAAGUGAAGACGAGUAUGCCGAAUUCACACGACGGUCGUUCACUCUUGUAAAGGACCGACGAACGCGGACUUUGACGCAGUUGCAUUUCACAGCGUGGCCAGACAAGGAUGUUCCGGAAGACGUUACGUCGAUCAUUGAGUUCAGGCAAUACGUCAUGCGUGCCCAAGCAACACUUGGGGGUCCAAUCAUCAUGCACUGCAGUGCAGGCGUGGGAAGAACAGGAACCUACAUUGCUAUAGACAUUCUCACGAAGGAAGGCGAAGCAGAAGGGGCAAUAGAUAUACCCGGCUGUGUACAAAACAUGCGACAAAACAGGCCGAAUAUGGUUCAGACUGCUGGCCAGUAUAAGUAUCUUCACCACGCAGUUGUUUAUGCUCUGACAAAUGACGUCCAUCCCGUGGCCGGUACGAAAUUCCAAGCGCAUAUGGAUACAACGUCAAAGGAUAAAAUUUUCAACAUGUUUCAACAUGUGCAAGAUAUAAAAACAUACGGAUCAUUGGAUGAAUCUGAAGCCGUGGAAAAGAACACCAAAUGCGCUGACAAAAACGGAGAUGGGGCUGAUAUUCCAGGAGAUGAAUAUCGCCUCCGGCUUCACCUUAACCGCAGACCAGGGUCCUCAGACUAUAUUAAUGCAGUUUUCGUGAGUAGUUUUAAAACGAAGAAUAAGUACGUCAUUGCACAAACCCCUCUCCCAAAUACGGUCAUUGAUUUCAUCAAGAUGCUUGUCCAGACGGAGUGUUCGUGCAUUGUCGAUUUUGAACCAUCAACGAUGCGUAAUGGGAACAUCGGCGAGUAUUUACCCGCGGACAAUCAGGUUUUAAAGAUAGGUGUCUUCAACGUCCGUUGUUCGAGGCCCGAAGCAAAUGCUUACCGCAUUAAACGGACAAUGACUAUUGAACAUCGAGCGAAUCAGACAAACGCGGAACUGUCUUUAACGCAUCUGGAGUUUACAAACUGGGACAUGGAAGAACCUGUACCUAAAUCUCCGUUUGACUAUAGGCGAUUUAUUGCCGAAGUUGACGCAGUAACAGCCAGCACGAAUUCAGAUAAACCAGUCGUUUUACAUUGUUGGGAUGGUGCAAGUAAAUGCGGCCUAUUUUGUGUUGUUGCAAAUCUCCUCCAGAAGAUGGCGUUAGAGCAUGAGGUCAGCGUAGUUAACGCUGUUAGGACGGUGAAGACCAGAAGAAAGGGCGCGAUUCCAAACCUUGAGCAGUUUCAGUUCUGCCAUGACUGUGUGCUGGACUAUGUGCAAAAUGUCAACAUCUACGCCAAUGUUGCUGCUGAUCUCUCCGAUUGCUGACAACAGAAUCGCAGCUACGACCAUAUCCCGGACAGCAUUCAUAGCUUUACAGUGUACACCAUCAUGACUGUUGAUGUCUCUGAUUACUGGCUACAUACUGUCUGUCAAGAUUUCUCCUGGAUUAUAUGAACAACAUCGAUAUCUACUUCGAUGUUUCAGCUUAUAUCUUCGAAUGUUGACUAUCUAAUGUCUAAAAUUACUGUUUCUGAAUUACAUUAACAGAUUUUAUAACUUCUACAACUUCGGUGCAGAUCCAUCAGAUCGUUGACUACAGAGUCACGGUAAUGACAUUGUUACCUACAACCAGAGCUUUAACAUCUCAAACUUCGCAGCAAACCUCUUAAGAUUGCUUACCUGAUUUAACAAGUGCAAAUCAGUUGUCUUUGCUUAUGUCUUAAUUUGUUGAUACAUUUGCACACACACAAAAAUUUGAUUUCCAUAUUAUCUGAAAGGAAAGUUGGAGCAAUCCGUGUACACAUCUAUAAUGAGAUUUGUUUAAUGUUAACAUUAUUUUUUCAAUCAAAUAGGGCCUCUUUUUCUAGGUAAUGUUAAUAUGUAUUAAUUCAUAAAGUCCUUGUUUAAAUUUAUGCAAUGUUUCAUUGCUUGUAGUGGUAAAAACGUUUGCGUUUUGGUCUAUCAUAAAUCUACCACCAACAAGCGAAAACUAUUGCAUGCAAUGAUGCAUACUUAUCGCAACACAAACAAUGGCGUUACGAUACGCGACACAAUUCAAUGGAUACAUAACGCAUUGAACAGCUUUCUGGUUAUUGUGAAGUACAUUUGACUUUAACACAAGUGUUUAUAUCUCGAUAUGUUUAACAUAGUGUGUAUUUAAUACUGGCGUACACAUGAUACAUGUUUCCCUUAAAAACCGUCGAAACUGUUGGACUAAUUUGGAUUGAUGACUACUUCCCAAGAUCGCUAUGUUGUUUCAUUGUAAAUAAAAAAUUAUUGUGUAGAAAUUAUACGACUCGCGUCGAAAAUAUAAUUGCAUGUGCAAAUACCUUAUAAGCAAAAAGUGUACUAACAUUAUUUACAUUUUCGUUUUGUUUUUUAUCGUUCUUAAAAUAAUUGUUUAGUGUAUAUUUUAUCACCUUGUUUUUGUUUUACAUAUAGGACAUUAAUAAUGACGUUUUUGUCUAAAUACAAACUAUUGCAAUGUGUGGUUAUCGCUUUUAUUAUUACGGAUGAUUGUCUUGCCUUGGAACUGAGUGAUGUCUAAAGACUUAUUACCUGUAUCAAAUGUUACUGUAUAUGUACAGUUCUAUAGUUUUAUAUAGUUUUUAAAAAGUGUAAUGAGUAUGCUGUAUGAUGAAAUACGUGUGGGAAAUGCUUGUUCAUUAUUAAAAUGUCUAAAUACUGUGAUCAAGUUAGGCAUAUACAUUUUGCAGUCAUUUGAUAAGGUAAAUGUAAUGGAAUGCAGCGGAUUGAGUGUUUUCCGAUCAGCAUCAUGCAGAUGAAUAUGGCUACAGAUAAUCAAAGUCGUGUAUGUUUUGUGUUGAUUCGUUGUCAUAAUUCCUUUAUUAAACGAAACAUACAACGUUAAUUAUAUUGUAUUACUCGAUGAUGAAUGUUUCAAUUACGAUAAUGCCGUUUGACGCUGCCUCUAAUAUAGUUCUGAAUAGAACAGUAAAAAGAAAGUAGACGAGGGCAGCAUACUUAAGACUAAGAGUUAUAUGACCAAUGCUUCCAGUAACAGGUUCUCAUCCUGAUAUUUAUUUAAUGGAAUUUAAGUUCAAUGCAAUUUACUGCUUUGCUUUGACCGAGACUUCAAAUACGAAUGUCGGCCUGGAAACACGUCAUCUUGCAAUUAGAAAUACUACUUUUUAUUAAUCGAGGUCCACCACCAAUUAAAAUAUUUAUCAUGUUCAAAUAAAUAUUUUUACUUUUCAGUUGAAAUGUAGAAUACAUUUUAACGGUCUGGAAAUAUGUUCAUUAUUUAAGCGUAAAUACCAAAGUUAUUGUAUCCCUUAUUAUGUUUAAACAAUAAUAGUUGUUCUUUAUAAUUGUAUAAAUUUAUUCAAUUUUGUGUUAUUGUGUCGAUUCUUAUUUCCUAUAGAUAUGCAAUGCUAUCGUGCGCAUGUGAGCAUAAGAUUUGCUUUUUUAUUUACUUUAUUAUAUACACGAAUGAAUGUGGAAAAACAAUAAGUGUAUCAAUGUAAUCAUUACUUUUUAUCCUUAUGUGUCAUCUUUACUAAAAUAAUGUUAUUGUUAAAUUGUUACCUUUUAAGUAUAUCUCUGUUAAUUUAGAUAAAAUAGUAGCAUGUUACAUUAUAACUUGAGCAUUUGAUAUAUCUUAAAUGGCUUUAUAUUUGGUUAAAAUGUUUUCUUAAUGAGUCUCCUUCUUAAAACAAAGAUAUAACUGUGAAUGUGAUUACACCAGUUACAUUCAUUGGUAAAUGAAAUGUUAUUUUCUUUGUCCUGGGUAUAAAUUUUGACAACUUAGAAUGAGCUUGUGCUUUCCGCCUAAGAUCAACCAAUAUCUACAAGCUACAUCAUAGUAUCGUUUCCUUUCACGAGUACUUGGCCAAACCCAUUUGUACUUUUUCUUUUAGCGCGUAAUGACCCUUUAGUGAUGUCAUUCAUUAACAUGCAAUUAAAGAACCUCUUAAAGAAUUGCUUACACAAUUGAUUUCCCCGAAGGAGUUACUUGUAUAUUCACUCGAUAUGCAACUGUAUUUUUAUAUUUGAUAAAAAUGAAUUCUCCCUUUUGCGCCA